AUGGGAUCCCCGUCAUCUGAGACGCAGACGCCCGGGGGCAUCAAGACUCGCAUCCUCAUCAUCUCAGACACCCACUCGGCUUUACCUUACGGACAUCCUGGACGCUCUGAGUCACAGCUGACACAGAACGAUGCCUCGGGCUCAGGCUCAGGAGCAUCAGCAUCAGCACCAGCACCAGCACCAUCCUUACACUGCGGUGGUCCUCCGUCAAAGGUGUCACAAUCUACCUCUACCACCACCUUCACGUCAAGAUUCAAAUCGAUAUUCAAACCCAAACCCAAAACCGAAUUCAAAGUCUUGUCCAAAUCCGACUCCGACUCCCAGUCCCUACUUCAGUCAUCUCCAUUACGUCACCCGCUCCCGCGCGCCGAUGUUCUCCUCCAUUGCGGCGACCUGACAAUGAACGGAUCCAUAGAUCAACACCGCCGAGCCAUCGAGCUAAUCGAUUCGGUCCAGGCGGACCUCAAGAUUGUGAUCCCUGGGAACCACGACAUCACGCUCGAUCGAGCAUACUACGAACGCCACCCCAACUUGCACGCCUCGUACGCCAAAUACCCGCCUGAGACGCUCGACGAGAUCCGCACGCUUUAUGACUCCCCUGAGGCCAGAGAUCGUGGAAUCCGAUAUCUCGAAGAAGGGACUGAGUCGUUCGUCCUCCGCAACGGCGCAAGGUUGACUGUCUAUGCCAGCGCGUGGCAGCCGGAAUUCUGGAAUUGGGCGUUUGGUUAUGAGAGAGGUGUUGAUCGGUUUAAUGUUGGCUCCGACUCCAGUCCAGAGAAUCCGGUGCCGGGUUUCGUCGAACCUACUUAUCAAGCUGGUGAUGGUUCAGAUGCAACUACUCAGACUGCAGCUAGGGCGGCCAUGGAUUCGGAUCAUCCUCGAAAUACCAAUGCUUUGCUCAGACAAUUCGGAUACAACGUGGAUAUCAUGCUCACUCACGGCCCGCCAUACGGAAUCCUAGAUCGUACGAAAACCAACGUCAACGUUGGCUGCGAACACCUCCGUCGAGCCGUUGAGCGGUGUCGGCCUAGGGUGCAUUGUUUCGGCCAUAUCCACGAGGCAUGGGGCGCGGAGAGGAAGAAGUGGGAAGAUACGAGCAACUCCGCCACAAGUAAGGUUGAGGUUCUCGGCGGCGUACCGUUACCAUCCGAGUCCAACGAAUCUCAGUCUCAGUCUCAGCCCCAAACGGAAAAAGAAAAGGAGGUCGUGCUUCUCGACGCCACUGAUAUAACAGCGGGAAAAGAAACCCUCUUCGUUAAUGCGAGUAUUAUGAAUCUCCAGUAUAAGCCCGUCAAUGCGCCGUGGCUGGUUGAUUUGAUGUUGUCCCCUGCCAGUGCGGCGGCGGAUGGGUAG